AUAAAGUUUUUCCACAUUACGAUGCCUCCGAAAACUAGCGGAAAAGCGGCUAAAAAGGCGGGCAAGGCCCAGAAAAAUAUUUCCAAGACUGAUAAGAAGAAGAAACGGAAGAGGAAGGAAAGUUACGCCAUCUACAUUUACAAGGUAUUGAAACAAGUGCAUCCCGAUACCGGUAUUUCUAGCAAAGCUAUGAUUAGAGAGUUGAAG